AAACCACCAAGCAUCCAACAUGAGGGGGGCCGCGGUCCUCAUCAUCAUCGCCACCGCCGGGUUCUGGGCCAUCUCUGCUCAGCCAGAACUUCAAAUUUCCGAGUGUCAAAACGCCACAUUGGGGGACAUCGUCUUCCUAGUCGACAGCUCCGGUAGCAUCGGCGAGGAAAACAUUAGGAUAAUCCGCACCUUUCUCAGAAAUGUCAUCCAGAACCUCGACAUUGGCCCUGAUAAAGUACAGGUCGGCUUGGCUGUGUACGGAGACCGUCCCAAGAAGGAGUUCCUGCUGAAAGACCACAUGGACAGGACAGCCGUGUUGGACGCAGUGGAGCAAAUUGCUUUCCUUCGCGGUGGCACAAACACGGGCAAAGCCAUGGACUUCAUCCGGGAGGAAUACUUUACGGCCGAGGCAGGGAGCAGAGCCAGGCAGCAUGUUCCUCAGAUCGCUGUGCUCUUAACUGAUGGAAACUCCAACGAUGAUGUGUCCAAACCCGCCAAGCGUCUCCGGGACCUGAACGUCUUUGUGUUUGUCAUUGGAGUGUCUCAGAGCAAUUAUGAUCAGCUGAAGAUCAUCGCCAACCACCCACCAGAAGACUACAUCCUGACCACCAACAACUUCCAGACUCUUCAGAGUCUAAGAAACACUCUGCUGAAAACCGUGUGCUCCUCCCUGCAGAUCCAGAAAAUAGCUUUGGCCAAUAAAUUUGCAGACAUCUUUCUCCUGGUGGACAGCGCCUUAAGUCCGCGACAGUUCAUCUUUUUCAGGAAUGAGCUGAUCAGAUUUAUCGACCAGAUAGACGCUGGACAGGGAAGCUACCAUGUCGGUUUGGCUCAGUAUCGCCAGGAUGUGCAGACUGAGUUCUAUCUAAACGAUCAUAAAACUAAACCACAGUACACAAAAGCAUUGAGAAGCAUUCGACAGCUGCCACAAACUGGCCAAGCACCAAACCUGGAACGUGCUCUGAGGUACGCAGGUGAUAACUUUUUCCUCUCUGAAAAUGGCGGCCGUGCAAACCAAGGAGCUCAACAGUUUCUGGUUGUUGUUGUUGGAGAAAAGCCGAAGGGACUCUUAUAUUCGGCCAGUCAAGAUGUCAAAUCCCGAGGGGUUUCUGUUGUAGGCAUGAGUCCGGUUGUGUCAGUGGAAAGCAUGCUAAGCUUUGCGGACAGGGCCUAUGACAAUCUGAGGAUCACUCAGCUGAAGGAUUUCUUCACCACCCAAGAAGUGGAAACAGCCAUUGAAGACUGUCAGAGAGUCAACACUGCAGACGUCGUCUUCAUCAUCGAUGAGUCAGGAGGCAUCGGGAACAACAACUUCCAGCUCAUCCAGAGCUUUGUGCAGUCGCUUAUUGGCAGCCUGAACGUCAAUCAGACGGGAGUCAGAGUGGGAAUUGUUACCUACAACGAGGCUCCCAAGGCCCAUGCUUAUCUCGACAGCUUCCAGGACCAAACAGAAGCUCAGCAGUUCAUCAAGUUGCUCCCCUACCGCGGCGGUGGCUCCAACACUGGAGCUGCUCUGCGGUUCACCCUGGAGUCAGUCUUCAAAGGGAGGGGCAGAAGGGAGGAUGUGCAGAAGGUAGCUAUCGUGGUCACAGACAGUAAAUCGCAGGACAGCGUGAAGGAAGCGGUGGCAGAGCUACAUUGGUUUCCAGUCAGAGUUUUUGCGAUAGGAGUAAAUGAGAAGACACCAGACCUGUACGACAUGGCGUCUUAUCCCACCAACAGGCACGUUUUUGCUGUGGACAAUUUCAUGCAACUGAAACCCCUGAGGAAAGUCAUGCAGAAGAGUAUCUGCAGUGCCAUCAUUCAGGGGUCCGUCAACUCCUUUAAAAACAACGCCGACAUCAAGGAAGCAUGCUAUCAGAAGGAUGAAGCAGACAUCAUCUUCCUCAUUGAUGACUCGGACAACAUCGAUUCCUCUGACCUGUCUGACACAAAGAAGUUCAUCAAUAACUUUCUUGGAGAAUUUCGUGACAGACUCGAUCAUAUUCGCAUCGGGCUUGUGAAAUACUCCAACUCAGCUCGGUUUGAGUUUGACCGGAUGUCACUCUUAGACGUGAGCAAAGCUCUGAAUUACAUUAAUCAUGAAGGGGGUCGGACCAACACAGGGAGAGCCCUCACAUUCAUGGAAAGGCAUUUCAAGACGGUACCCUACAGUCAGGGUUCAACGUAUCUGAUCGUCAUCACUGCAGGAGAGUCCGAAGACAGCAUCAGAGGUCCAGCAGAGAAAAUAAGGGCGCAAGGCGUCAUGGUCUUUGCUGUUGGAGUAAAGAGGUCAAACAAAGCUCAACUGCAGGAGAUCUCUGGUGAUCCAGACAGGACCUUUAAAGUCAGAGAUUACUAUUUCCUCAAGUCGAUCAAAAACGAUAUUCUAAGACCAAUCUGUGGACCAGCAGUUUGUGAGGACGCUCCCAGCGACGUCAUCUUCUUAACCGAGAGCUCAGAGAGAAUCUCUGCAGAAGACUUUAGGAAAAUGAAAGAAUUUAUGAAAUCUGUCGUUACCAAGUCUAUUGUGGGCUUGAAUGACAUGCGUGUGGGUGUCAUGCAAUUCAGCACUAGGACAAAAGUAGAGUUUCGUCUGAACCAGUACUUCAGCAAAGAUGAAAUACUGGAAGCCAUUGAUAACAUGAAGCAGCAAAAUGGCGGGGUUGAAACAGGAAGGGCCCUCACUGAAGUUUCACAGUUCUUCAGUGAGGCUGAAGGAGGACGUCCUACGCUGAGGCAGAACCUGGUGCUGAUCACCUUCAACAAGGCCACCGAUGAAUUCAAAGGUCCAGCAGAGGCUCUGAGGCAAAAAGGAGUGUUAAUCUUUUCAAUCGGAGUGGUGAACAGUAACUACAGCCAGCUGUACGAAAUCAGUAGCUCUUCAGACAAAGUCAUCAAUGAAGUAAAUGUUGAUCUAAUAAGUGAACUGGACAGCAUGCUGGCCUUGAAGUUCUGCGAUCCACAGAGAGAUUGUAAGAAGAUUGAAAAGGCUGAUAUAAUAUUCCUGGUGGACGGCUCAGGAAGCAUAGAAAACCGCUUCAGAAGCAUGCAAGUGUUUAUGGAGUCUGUAGUGAACCGGAGCAUAGUCAGCAGGAACUCUACCCGUUUUGGAGCCAUUCUUUUCUCCAAUGAACCUGAAAUCAAGUUUACUCUGAAUACUUACAGCUCCAAAGGAGACAUUCGUAAUGCUAUAAAAGCUCUGGUGCCGCCAAAAGAUAACACAUACACCAGCGAAGCUUUGGAAUAUUCAUUGCAGUUCUUUAACGAGGAACACGGUGGCAGGAGAAGUUUCCGCGUUCCUCAGAUUCUCAUGGUGAUCACAGAUGGGGCAGCCACAAACCCUAAUAACCUAAGAAAAAAUUCGGAUGCGCUGCGAGCCAAUAACAUUACUGUCUUCAGUAUAGGUGUAGAGAAUGCAAACAAGACUGAGCUGCUGAUCAUGGCGGGAAAUAAUCAGUCCAAUGUCUUCUAUGUGGAUAAAUUUGACCAGCUGGAGACUCUGUACAAACAGAUAUCUGGAGUCAUCUGCAGUAUCACCAAACAUCGUAAGUAUGGAGAAUGAAUGUGUAGCGUUAAGAUAUACAACUUAACUGUCUACGUGUAUACUUACUAAGAAAAAGUUUUAGAUAUUUCACUUUCAUCUCAAACACUGUAACAAAAGCCUACAGCAGUGAUGGUCAUGUCAAUGUCUAAUGUGACGUUGAGAACUCCAGUUUGACAAUGGCGUCUCCUGCUGUCCACAAGUCGUCUUAUCGUCAGCUGAGGCGUGGCGUCCUUCUUUUCUUGAAAGACGGGCCUUGGGUCAUUAAGGUUUUGGGGUCCAGCGUUACAAGCCUCUACAGCAGUGGCCUCAAACCGCAUUCCUCAAGGGACCCUUGAGGACACAUUUACAUGUGUCCUUACACAUUUAUUUCAAGUGUCUUUACUCUUGAAAUAAAUGGUGAAACUAUCUCCCUAGAAUGCAGUCAGGCUCUUCGGAGCUUUGCUAAUGAGCUAAUAUUUGAGACAGGGGUGCUGAAGCAAAGAGAUAUGGGGGAAUUU